AAGAGGACUUUCUCGCCUUUCCUCUCUUCUUUUUUUCCUUUUCUCCAAUCAGAAAAAAAUAGAAAAAAAAUAAAAACAAACAGCAAACCCUAAUUCGGUUCUUUCGCUCUCUUUCGUACUUUCUGUUUUUGGUUCAUAAAUUCCUGCAACACACCUAGCAACCCCAAUUAUUUCCAUUUUUCUUGCAAUUAACACCCAUCCACAAGCAUCAUCAUUUCCAUUUAUAUAUAUAUAUAUUAUCAAAUUUACAUUCUGAUAGAUAUCUCUUGUUAUAAUAAUCAUUGUAUAGGGAGAGACUGUGAGAGAGAAACAAGGAAGAGAUUGAAAAUUGGUUUGAUUUUGAAGAGGAGAAAGAAAGAGGAUGGAUGGAAUACCGCACCCAAUUCCUCGAACCGUUGAAGAAGUUUUCAGCGACUUCAGAGGCAGACGCAAUGGCUUGAUCAGGGCUCUCACCACUGAUGUUGAGAAGUUCUACCAACAGUGCGACCCAGAAAAGGAGAACCUGUGUCUAUAUGGACUUCCAAAUGAGACCUGGGAAGUUAAUCUGCCUGUGGAAGAGGUGCCUCCUGAGCUUCCUGAGCCAGCUCUGGGUAUAAAUUUUGCUAGAGAUGGAAUGCAAGAGAAGGACUGGUUAUCACUUGUUGCAGUUCACAGCGAUUCUUGGUUGCUUGCAGUAGCAUUUUAUUUUGGUGCGCGCUUUGGGUUUGGUAAGAAUGAAAGGAAGAGGCUUUUCCAGAUGAUAAAUGACGUCCCAACAAUAUUUGAAGUUGUGUCAGGAAAUGUGAAGCUUCCCAAGGAACAAUCUGCAACUCAUAACAACAGUAGCAAAAGCAAAUCAAGUGGGAAAAUGCAAUCUCGGCAAUCUGAACCUCAGACCAAGGCAGUGAAGAUGUCUCAACCACCCAAGGAAGAUGAUGCCAGUGGAGAAGAGGAAGAUGAAGAUGAUGAACAGGGUGCAACUUGUGGCGCAUGUGGUGAAAGCUACGGCACUGAUGAAUUCUGGAUUUGCUGCGAUGUAUGUGAGAGAUGGUUCCAUGGCAAAUGUGUCAAGAUUACACCUGCAAAGGCUGAGCAUAUCAAGCAGUAUAAAUGCCCAGGUUGCAGUGGCAAAAGGGCUAGAGUUUAAAGUUGGAUGCUGAAGCUGGAUUGACAUUUGUGAAACAAAGCAGACAAGGUUUAGAACUUCACCUUGGCAGUUUCUAAAACGUUAAACAGAACCAGUUGCCCAUUCUAGUCAAUGAAUUUGAAUGACUGCUGAUUGGAUUUUAAGUUUCAUUACUUCUGGUUGCUGUCAUGUCUAAUUUCCUUGGGAAUUGUGUUUUAAAUAGUUGGUGGCAACUACAGAUAUUCUAUUAUAUAUGUUCAUGCAGAUUUCUUUUCUAUCCUGUUCUGGAUUCCUAUUUUAUUUAUCUCCUUAUUCCCA